GAGACUCUCUUCUUCCCAACUAUCUUCUCUCUCCCCUCUCAUCUAAUCUGGCUGGCGUCCUUGCGAGCUUAGAGUGCGGAGAGCUCUGAGGUUGUUUGUUUAUCCAAGGGGAGGCCCGUUUCGCAUUCCAGUUUGCGCCUUCACGGCUGCAACUCUACCGCCAGCCGCGUUCAUCAUGGCGACCUCGACGACAACUUCGGCUGCGCCGACUUCGACCGUCCGAGUCGCGCCGCAGGGCGGUAUCUUGGAGGGCGGAAACCCGUCGGUGUACGAUCCCAAGAAUCCCAUCACCAUCUUCAUCAUCCAGAUCUCCCUCAUCGUCAUCCUCUGCCACAUCUUGCAUUGGCCUCUGUCCAAGAUUCGGCAACCCCGAGUCAUUGCCGAAGUUAUUGGAGGCAUCAUCCUUGGCCCCUCUGUUAUGGGCCACAUUCCCGGGUUUCAAGAUGCCAUCUUCCCUGCGGCUUCGAUCCCCAACCUGACGCUUGUCGCAAAUCUCGGUCUUGUCCUUUACUUAUUCAUGAUUGGACUUGAGACCGAUGUUCGAUUCCUUCUGAGCAAUUGGCGUGUUGCAACCUCUGUUGCCUUUGCUGGACUCGCACUGCCAUUUGGCGUUGGCUGCGCCCUCGCCUGGGGUAUAUACAACGCCUUUCGCGAUGAUCCUGGGGUCAAGCCAAUCAGCUUCAGCGUGUACAUGCUGUUCGUUGGUAUCGCAGUUGCCAUCACUGCGUUCCCCGUCCUUUGCCGUAUCUUGACAGAGCUCAAGCUGCUUGAUACGCCGGUCGGUAUUAUUACUCUAUCGGCAGGUGUUGCAAACGAUGUCGUUGGAUGGAUCUUGUUGGCGCUCUGUGUUGCCUUAGUCAAUGCUGGCAAGGGUAUUACAGCGCUGUGGAUUCUACUUGUUGCCAUCGGUUACAUUAUUUUCCUCGUAGUUGCUGUUAAACCUGUCCUUCGGUUCACCUUGCGGAAGACGAACAACCUUGAGAAUGGCCCUUCACAAAGCGCUAUCGCUCUUAUUCUUCUCAUUGCUCUUGCCUCCGCCUUCUUCACUGGAAUUAUCGGAAUUCAUCCCAUCUUUGGAGGAUUUGCCGCUGGAUUGAUCAUUCCACGUGAGCACGGCUUCAACAUCAUCGUCAUUGAGAAACUCGAAGAUCUCAUUGGUUCUAUUUUCCUGCCUCUUUACUUUACUCUCUCUGGUCUCAGCACAAACCUCGGCCUUCUCAACACAGGAACGACAUGGGGCUACGUAUUUGCCACUACUUUUGUCGCUCUCAUCACCAAAAUCGUUGGCGCAUCUGUAGCCGCUCGGCUUAAUGGCUUGGUUUGGAGAGAAUCUUUCGCUAUUGGUGUCUUGAUGAGUUGCAAAGGUCUCGUGGAACUCAUUGCUUUGAAUAUUGGUCUUCAAGCUCAAAUUCUCAGCGUUAGGACUUUCACCAUCUUUGUUGUCAUGGCUCUCCUCACCACCUUCUUUACGACUCCUGCCGUCUCUUACCUGUAUCCUCCUUGGUAUCAGAAAAAGAUUGCUGCCUGGAAGCGUGGCGAGAUUGAUUGGGAAACUGGUUCUCCAAUUACUCAAAUAACGGUGACCCCUACGGCUGAGUCAGAGAAUAGGAGAGUUAGGCGGCUGCUGGUUUACCUUAGAUUGGACAACAUGCCCGCGCUACUCAACCUUCUGUCGUUAUUCGGACGCUCUCGUGCCUCGGAGGCGUCAAGCGGCUCUGGAGACUCCAAAGACAAGGGAAAUUACGAUGAUGAUGCCAAAGUACCUGUCCGAGCUCAUGGUCUGAGACUCCUCGAAUUAACAGAUCGUGAUUCAUCUGUCAUGACGGUGGCCCAAGUCGAUGAAUACACCAAGCACGACCCUGUCGUCAAUAUUUUCCGCAGCGUCGGUCAGCUUCAUAACAUUUCAGCAUCUGGUGAAGUUGCCAUUAUGCCAGAAGAUCGUUUUGCUGAUACUCUCGUCUCGCGCUCGUCCAACAUGACAUCGGAUCUCCUUCUCCUACCUUGGACUGAGACUGGUAGCAUGGGUGAUGCUCAGAUUGUUUCUUCAGCCAAUGUCGAAGACCGGCUUGCGUCUAGUUAUAUGUUGUUUGUUAAAUCUGUCCUUCGCGCUCCUGAACUUAACAUUGGCGUACUCUUCACGAGGAGUCAAGAUGACGUAAAGAGCAAGAACCAGGGAAGUCAGCAAGCCAAGCUCCGCCGACAGUACUCUUAUGACGUAUCGAGACGCGACUUUCCCACUGCACCCCUAGUUUCUCGUAUUCACAAGAUCUUCUUUGUCUAUACUGGGGGGCGCGAUGACAAUCUUGCUCUUAAUCUCGUUAUCCAGCUCUUGGAGCGCGAACAUGUAACCGCAACCAUCGUCAACGUCGCUGAGGUUACCGAGAAGUCUUCAUCAGAAAAUGACAAUAUCAUUGAUUUAGUCAUUAGCAAACUCUCCCAAGAUAUAUCUUCACGGAUCAUGGUCGAGAAACACUCUAUAGCACCUACCGUUCAAGAUCUGCUUAACUUCGCCGAUCCCGCCCCCAAUGCCAGUGAGUCAGAAGUCAACAAGCCGACAUUGGUUGUUUUGGGUCGCAGUGGAGGAGUCACAUUGGAGGAAGGCAAGCUCCCAGACAGGCCCAGAGAUGAUGUCCAGGGCUGCUUGGGUAAACUUGCUGCUCAUUUUGUUGCUAGCGGCGUGACGACGGACCUGUUAGUCGUGCAGGCCAAGGCAGGCGGUGCCUCGUCAUGAUGGAUAUGAUACCUGUUUUGUCAUUGAGCUUUGGAAUACUUGAAUGACCUAUACAUCUGCUUAUGCGAAACCUGCAGAUUUGAUGUUUACAUGUCUAUAUAUGGCCUUUGCUAGCGACUAUAUUAUUCUUGCUUUAGUAUCAAUUACAGUACUUGCUAUGUAUGCGCAUGAGGUUUGCGUGUUCCAGUUAGCGCAUCCUCUUCUACUGUAACGGAUGAAGUGAUGCUCAUGAGUCUUUCUUUAUUGGACUGGUAAAGUCUGGGGCAAUGAAUUUACCACCUCACAAGGGAUAGGCAAUUUAUCUUCAAUCCAUAGUUAGCUCCUCAAAGCGAUCUUAUCCUUCUAAUACCCCUUAAC